AUGCUACUUCGGCCGUUUAAGAAUAAGGUCAUACCCACUCUCAUUUUCAAAAGAUACAGAUCCGCCAAACCAUCGUAUAAUGACCUCGAAUCAUAUUUGAGAUAUGCUGAAUUUGUUAAACUUCGAAAAGAAUCAACUACAUUUCUAGGAACAACUUUUGAGAUGAAGGUUAAAGAAAAGCUUCAAUCCGCAUUGAACAUUCCAGACCUACAAUAUUCUGGUGGUGCAUACGAUAAUGGUAUUGACCUCAUAGGUAAACUUGACAUUUCCCAAUUCAAGACUGAACAAGCACCAGAGAAACCAACAUACGUGGUUAAUGGGAAGAGAAUCAAACCACUUGCACUAAGGAAAAACAUGGACAUUGAUGUUCUAGUUCAAUGUAAAAGUUUCGCAUUCAAAAUCUCUGCUAAAGAAAUCAGAGAACUUUCAGGUAUUUUCCACUAUAAUAUCGCACCAAAAGAUAGAAACAAGACUUUAGUGAUUAUGACUGCACCAAAUUAUUGA